AUGGAUGCAAUGACGUCACACUUCCUUCUGCGCCUGGAGUACGCGCUGCUGUCCAUCGAGCCCACUGUGCUGCCCAAGGUGGAUGGCCUACCACAGGAGACCAAGGCCGAGGCCGAGUCACUCCUGCGGCUCUUCAACGCUGCGCGCAGCGGGCGGGUCGCCGAGAUGUGGCAGGAGGAGCAAAUGCGCCCCAUGGCUGAGUGCCUCACGCGCGCCAAGGCCGAUCUGCUCAGUGUUUGCCACAGCUUCGGCUCUACGCCGCUGCUUCGCCAUGCACUGCUAGCACUGGCAGUGGCCUCCUUACAACACUUUUUGAGGGCCAACUGGACAGGGCCGCCAGAAGAGGCACCCAAGCGGGACGAGGAAGCUCAUCGUGCGAUCCUCGCAGCCUUGGAAGUCGAUGGCGAAGCGGUCUAUGAACUUCUUGCUUGCCCGGGGUAUUUGUGGCUGGCGGCUGUGCUUCUAGGCCUGGCUGGAUCUGAGAAUCAGGUGGGAUCCGGUGCCACCGUGCCCUUCUGGCGCGCUCGCUGUGCCUUCGCCUGGCAGCUCAGCGUCGCCGAUGCCUCGGAGCGUGGAAGUGGGCAGUGCCCACACCUCUUCCAGGAUAGCACCAGCCCUUUGGCCACUGGCUUCUUCAAUCGCCAGACACGUGCGUCUCUCCAGAAUGCCGCCGCACCACUGCUGCGAAGCUACAAGAGGGGUGCUCGGCCACCGAUUGAAGGGAGCCCUCAGGUGAUUGCUGAAGAGGAGGCAGCUGAGGAGGGUGAUGCAUUGGAAGCGAUGCUGGGGGUCUUUGAUGCACCGGAGGACGUGGAGGUCGCCAAUCGCCUUUGCUGGUACAGCCGCUUAAAGGUGUGGCCACUUUGCUCCCAGGCAGCCUGUGAGGCGAUGGGCUUCAGCUACGAGCUCACCGGCGUGUUGGGCACCAAACGGGAGCAUCAGAUCACCGAGUUCGCGCAGCUGGUGGUGAAGACCCAGACCAAAGAGAAGCUGAAAGGCAUUGAGGUGGAGGAAUUGGAUGGAAAAGCACCAGGGACCUUGAGUUUAAAGGCCGUGGAUGAUCUGACAGACGUGCUGGAAACGCCUAAGCUCUCGACUUCGUUGUCUGAAGAGGAGCGUCAGCAGAUUGAGAGGCAAGAUCAACCACGCGAAGAGGAGGCCGCCGAGGGCCCAUUGUUCACAGUGAAUUGGUUGACCUUCAGCUGUGGGCUGUGGUUUCGAUGCCGCGCAGAGCACCACCGCAACAAAACCCGAGAACGAGCGGCCUUCCAGCUCCAAUCAUUGGUGGAUCAAUUCAUGGACGAGAAGCCUUCAGCAGCACACCGGCUGCGGAUGGCACAUAGCUGUGGCUAUCCUGCACGUUUUCACCUUCAACAUGAGGUGGCCACCCGCAUGAUGCGGAUGGGAAUGGUCAGCACAGCUCACGAGCAAUUCAAGAAGCUUCGCAUGUGGCCAGAAGCGGUGGAGUGCUUAAUCAUAGCAGAGCGAAAUGUGGAAGCAGAGGAUAUGCUCAAGGAACUCAUCGAGAAGCAUCCAUCACCAAGGCUUUGGUGCUGCUUGGGGGAUGUGAUGAAAGACCCACAGCACUAUGAGACUGCCUGGGAGCUUUCCAAGAAACGUUUUGCCCGAGCACAGCGGUCUCUCGGAAGAUACUACUUUGACAAGAAGCAGAUUGCGAAGAGUGUGGAGGCCUUCAAGCUGGCCCUGGACAUCAACCCUAUGUAUGAGGGCAUCUGGUUCACUUUAGGCUCGAGAUGGCUCUAA